GUGUAUGUCAUGCAAAUGACCAGUACAUUGAACAGUUCGAAGAUACUCUGAAUACCUCGGUGCCAAAGACAAUAGCUGGAUUUAUCGCUGAACCAAUUCAAGGUGUUAAUGGAGCUGUUCAGUACCCAAGAAGUUUCUUAAAGGGAGCUUAUCAGCUAGUACGGGAAAGAGGGGGUGUUUGUAUUUCAGAUGAAGUACAGACAGGAUUUGGACGGACAGGCAGCCAUUUCUGGGGAUUUCAAACACAUGAUGUAGUCCCUGACAUAGUUACUUUGGCUAAAGGAAUUGGUAAUGGCUUUCCAAUGGCAGCUGUUGUUACAACAAAAGAGAUUGCAAGUUCCUUGGCUCAAAACCUUCACUUUAAUACAUUUGGAGGAAGCCCUUUGGCCUGCGUAGUUGGAGCUGCAGUUCUUGAUGCUAUUGAAGAAGAUGGUCUACAAAAAAAUAGUGAGGACGUGGGAACGUAUAUGCUACUCGAGUUGGCUAAACUACGGGAUAAAUUCGAGAUUGUUGGAGAUGUCCGUGGCAAGGGACUUAUGAUUGGAGUAGAAAUGGUGACAGAUAAGGAUAGUCGCCAGCCUCUUCCAGCUGAAGAAAUCAAUCAGAUCUGGGAGGACUGUAAAGACAUGGGGGUUCUGAUCGGCAGAGGAGGACUCUACAGUCAGACAUUUAGAAUUAAACCUCCUAUGUGCAUUACUAAAAAGGAUGUCGACUUUGCUGUGGAAGUAUUUCAUUCUGCUUUACAGAGACACAUGGAAAGAGCAGCUGCAAAAUAG